AUGAGUCCCAAUAAGCAAGAGCGUACAACUACUCCGGGAGCUGGCUCGAGUGCUGGCUCCGGUCAUCCUUCAACCUCCUACGAGGCCGAAGAUGUCGAAGAAGAUUGGAUGGACUUCUUUGACUUUGACGCUUACGAACGUGACAUCAAUGGUCACUCACAAAGCAGUACUCCAUCACUAGAAACAGCCAUGCCGUCCCAGACUAGCACGUCGUUCAAACCGCCCACUGCUCCUUCCUUCUCCCUUCUCACUAUCAUUGAGCAUGGAACUGCUCCUACCACUCCAGUUGACAACAGUCUCAUUCCAGCCAGAAAUAAAGAUGUCCAUCUCAAAUUCGGAGUAAACAGCCUUGCCGGCCAGGAGCAAGAGAGUGGCGAAGACAUAGAGGUAGAAAUGGGUGAAGACGCUCAAACAAGCGAUGAUAUUGAGCUGGAAGAUGUUGCUAGCGCCGCAGACGUGCUAUCGGCAGCUGUCUCAAGGACAGACACUCUCAGCCCUUUCGAGCCAACUCCCGCUGAUUCACCUGGCGAUGUUCCAACAUUGAGUUCAAUCAAUAAACAAGGCGGACAUUACUACAAGGAUUCCCUAAGAGGAAGCGGCGAUCUGGAUGAGCCACGUAAACCAGUUGCAGAACCUCCCGAACGCGACCCUAGUAUCUCUACGCCGCAAACUAAAGCCAGCUCAGAAGUUGUUUCCGGCUCCUCCGAAUCUGCCUGUACCUCUUGUCCUUAG